AUUGAAUGCUGUCUUCUAAGCAGUAUGCUUCGAGUUCAUCAACUCCCCCCCACCCAAAAAACAAUAUUAAAUAGAUGAAUUAACGGCCUGCAUCAGCUCCACGCUUCUUUUCCUUCAUUGUUAGUUAUUUGGUUUAAUGGAAGUCAACCAAAUGAGACAACCGUAAACUAUCUCUUUCUCUUUCUCUACUUCUUCCUCUUCCUCUUCCUCUUCCUCUUCUUCUUUCUCUUUCCUUACCUGAAGCCUCACAUUUCUCUCUCUGUCUGCCUCCGUCUUUCUUUCACAUCUCAAAACGCCUUCAGCUUUCAAUCAAGAUGCGUUUCUUAAGGACGGCGAUAUGAACUCCACUGCUAAAAUGGGGAAUUCUCGCAGUCCCUUUUUUAAUAUCGCUGUUUGGAUCUCUCAUUUAUGUCACAACAUUGUUUAGUACUUGUUUCCUUCUGCUACAUUCUCAAAAAUGGACUUCAAGAAAGAGAGACUCGUCAGGUUCCACAAUGAUGAAAAACGGAAUCCCCAACUUUCGUGGGAAAAAAAUGGCGCUGGUCAGCUAGACAAGCCCCUGCCACUAUACAAAGUAUCGGCUCCUUUACUGAAACCUGAAGGAGUUGUCAUCAGUGAAAACACUAAACCGAAAAAAAUUCCAAGGUUCGGAAGGUUCAAGGUCUUUCCAGAGAACCACGAGCCAUUGAGGGGGCAGAUUCUUGAUCCGGCCAGUGAUAUUUUCUUGCAAUGGAACAGGGUUUUCCUCUUCUGGUGCUUAGUGGCCCUGUUUGUUGAUCCAUUGUUCUUCUACCUCCCCUCGGUGGUGACCAAUGCGAAGUCUUCUUGUAUGCAAAGUGAUUCGAAAUUGGGGAUUGUUGUCACUUGUUUUCGGAGUUUCGCAGAUGCGUUUUAUCUGUUGCACAUGUUCAUUAAGUUUAGGACAGCUUAUAUAUCGCCUACUUCACGGGUUUUUGGGCGGGGUGAGCUUGUAAAGGAUCCCGAGCUGAUUGCCCGGCGGUACCUAAAGUCGGACUUCCUAAUAGAUCUGCUGGCAUCACUACCUCUACCCCAGAUUGUUAUCUGGUUCAUCAUUCCGGCAACUAGAAGCUCCCAUUCCGAUCAUACCAACAAUGCCCUUGUCUUGAUUGUUCUGCUCCAAUAUUUACCCAGAUUAUACCUGAUUUUCCCUUUAAGUUCUCAGAUAAUAAAAGCAACUGGAGUGGUUACAAAGACUGCCUGGGCUGGAGCCAUAUAUAAUCUCCUGCUAUACAUGUUAGCUAGUCAUGUAUCAGGGGCAUCAUGGUAUUUGUUGUCAAUUGAGCGCCAUGCAACAUGCUGGAAGUCUGAAUGCAGAAAGGAGUUUACUCCUUUGAAAUGCAUUCCCCAUUAUUUGGACUGCGGCACAUUAAGCGACGGUGGCCGCAAGCAAUGGGAAAACACUACUGUUGUAUUUAGAAAUUGCAACCCUGCAAAUGAUAUCAGCUUCAACUAUGGCAUAUUCGAAAAUGCAUUGACAAACAAUGUCCUUUCCUCGAAGUUUAUUGAGAAAUAUUUAUACUGUUUGUGGUGGGGCUUGCAAAAUCUGAGUUCCUAUGGAACUUACUUGCAAUCCAUCACUGUGAGACUUGAGGAAUGGAGGCUCAAGCGAAGAGACACUGAGGAGUGGAUGAGACAUCGCCAACUCCCUCAAGAUUUGAGAGAGCGAGUUAGAAGAUUUGUCCAGUAUAAAUGGCUUGCAACCCGCGGAGUUGAUGAAGAAUCAAUCUUGCGUGGCUUACCUACAGAUCUCCGUAGAGAUAUCCAACGCCACCUCUGCUUAGACCUUGUUAGACGUGUCCCUUUCUUCUCACAAAUGGAUGAUCAGCUACUAGACGCCAUAUGUGAGCGCUUAGUUUCCUCCUUAUGUACUCAGGGAACUUAUAUAGUUCGUGAAGGCGACCCAGUCACAGAGAUGCUUUUCAUUAUCAGAGGGAGACUAGAGAGUUCAACCACAAAUGGAGGUAGGACAGGUUUCUUCAACUCAAUUACUUUAAGACCAGGUGAUUUUUGUGGAGAGGAACUGCUUGCUUGGGCCCUGCUCCCAAAAUCUACUAUCAACUUGCCUUCCUCCACAAGAACAGUGAGAUCCCUUGUUGAAGUAGAGGCCUUCGCAUUGCGAGCAGAGGAUCUCAAAUUUGUGGCCAACCAGUUUAGGCGUCUACACAGCAAGAAGCUGCAACACACCUUCCGUUUCUACUCCCACCACUGGAGGACGUGGGCAGCCUGCUUCAUUCAGGCUGCUUGGCGACGAUACAAGAAGAGGAUGAUGGCCAAGACCCUUAGCAGUAUAGAGUCUAGAAUGGUUGAUGAACAAGUGAGUGGUGGAGAAGAACAAGAGAGUAGUACUGUUGCACCGUCGCUUGGUGUCACAAUACUGGCUUCUAGGUUUGCAGCAAACACACGAAGAGGAGCUCAGAAAAUCAAGGAUGUUGAGAUGCCCAAGUUACAAAAGCCUGACGAGCCAGACUUCUCUGCAGAGGCAGAUGAUGAGUAGUUCAGUUCAGUUCAGAUACUACUUACUAGUAGUAUGUAACAAGUCUAUCACGGGAAAGAUCAAGUUACAGUAUUCGGUCCCAAAGAGAUGCACCAUUUAAGAUAGAUUUGUGUUACUAAACGUGCUUAGUACAUAUACAAACCCAGGUAUAAUAUUAUUCUCAUGGUAGGUGAGAUUAACUAGAGAAUCUCAUAGGUGUAGCUGUUUUCAGUCUGUAUGAUAUUUGUCGUUUCCUACUCCAUACAUAGUUUCUCAUGUGGAAAAACAGGAUUCUAUGAUGUAGUUUGAUCACAGUAGAUGGCCGAAAGAGGCAUCGAGUUUUCUC